AUGGCGACUCUCUUUCUCUCCCUCCUCCUUCUUGUAAGGCUAAUUUCUCUCUCACCCUCUUUUGUCAUAUCAUCAGCCUUGUCCUGGGUCGAAGAAAAUGCCAGCAGUGGGAUUUGCCACCGGCGGUACCAACAAGGAGUACCCCGGAAAUCUUACUCUUUAUGUCACCGUUACGUGUAUCGUGGCGGCCAUGGGCGGACUCAUCUUCGGUUACGAUAUCGGAAUUUCAGGUGGGGUAACUUCGAUGGACUCGUUCUUGAGGAAAUUCUUCCCGUCGGUGUUCAGGAAGAAGCACGAGAACGCUACGACGAAUCAGUACUGUCAGUACGACAGUGAGACGCUGACCUUGUUCACGUCGUCUCUUUACUUGGCCGCGCUUCUGGCCUCGCUGGUCGCCUCCACCGUCACCAGGAAAUUUGGCCGGAAAUUGUCCAUGUUUUUCGGCGGUGUCCUGUUUUGCGCCGGUGCUAUCAUCAAUGGGGCCGCCAAGGCCGUUUGGAUGCUCAUUCUCGGCCGUAUUUUACUCGGAUUUGGCAUCGGCUUUGCCAAUCAGUCUGUGCCUCUCUAUCUCUCUGAGAUGGCUCCCUACAAAUACAGAGGUGCCCUCAACAUUGGUUUCCAGUUAUCAAUCACAAUUGGGAUUCUGAUAGCCAAUGUGUUGAACUUUUUCUUUGCAAAGAUUAAAGGGGGCUGGGGAUGGCGCUUGAGUUUGGGGGGUGCCAUGGUUCCAGCUCUUAUAAUCACAGUUGGGUCCUUGGUCCUCCCGGACACUCCGAACUCGAUGAUCGAGCGAGGCAGCCGCGACAAGGCUCAGCGUCAACUCAAAAGAAUCCGUGGAAUUGAUGACAUUGAUGAAGAGUUCAAUGACCUUGUUGCAGCCAGUGAAGCAUCAAAGCAAGUGCAGAAUCCAUGGAGUAACCUCUUGCAAAGGAAAUACAGGCCUCACCUCUCCAUGGCCAUCUUGAUUCCCUUCUUCCAGCAGCUCACUGGCAUUAAUGUCAUCAUGUUCUAUGCACCCGUUCUAUUUGACACCAUUGGCUUUGGAAGCGACGCCGCACUUAUGUCUGCUGUAAUCACUGGUAUCGUUAACGUUGCUGCAACCAUCGUUUCGAUUUACGGUGUCGAUAAAUGGGGAAGGAGGUUUCUUUUCCUUGAGGGUGGAGUUCAAAUGUUGAUAUGUCAGGCGGUUGUGGCAGCGGCAAUUGGUGCAAAAUUUGGAGUGGAUGGGAACCCAGACACGUUGCCCAAAUGGUACGCCAUUGUGGUGGUGCUGUUCAUCUGCAUAUACGUGGCAGGCUUCGCGUGGUCGUGGGGACCUCUAGGUUGGCUUGUGCCGAGUGAAAUCUUUCCAUUAGAGAUUCGUUCAGCUGCUCAAAGUAUAAACGUUUCAGUUAAUAUGUUCUUCACAUUCGUCAUUGCUCAAGUCUUCUUGACCAUGCUCUGUCAUAUGAAGUUCGGACUAUUCAUUUUCUUUGCCUUCUUUGUUCUGAUCAUGUCCAUCUUCAUUGCGUUCUUCUUGCCCGAGACCAAGGGCAUUCCAAUUGAAGAGAUGAGUAAGGUGUGGAAGACACAUUGGUAUUGGUCAAGGUUUGUAUCGGAGGAGGAUUUCCCAAAUAGAGGAGGGGUUGAAAUGGGCAAAGGUGGAAGAUAUGCGUAAAAUAGUUACUUUAAAUUAUUUCGCACACUUCGAGAUGUAAUUUUUUUUUUUUUUAAAAGGCAAGAUCCAUACUAUGAACUUCACAUAUCAACAUCAAUUUGUCAAUGAAAUUUAGAUUGUGUAAUUAAGUUAAAUGUUGGAAGUUGAUUUUAAAUAUGAAUCAAUAAUUGGUAUA